AUGGUGGUGAUCCCAAUAUACAAAAUCCUUCAAAAGCCUCAUCAUUAUCGUCAAGUUCAAGUAAAUGUAACACCGCAACGUGCAAUCGUCGAUACCGGAUCCGCUGAGACAAAGAAUGAACAGAUUUUAAUUUCCGUAAAUAAAAAAACUCGUGAUCGUAAAAAGUUAAAUAGAAAUACAUUAACUGGUCCACAGUUAACACAAUUUCGUGCUCAAAAUAAUAUUCAUCAACACAAAUGUUGUAGAAAUAAAAUUAAACGUUUAACUAGAAAACCACCAUCAUCUUCUUUCAAAACUCGUCAAUCAUUUGUCAAAGCAUUAACAAAAGUUACUUCUUCUCUUCCUAAAUGUGACUUAAAGAAAAAAGCUGUUGUUCAACAUUUAGCACAAGAAUUUGGACUAAUUUCUAAACCAACGCAUCAACGUUCAUCACUUCAGCUUUCAGAUAAAUUAAAAAAAGUCGUUCACAGUUUUUAUAUUCAAGAUGAUAUUUCAUAUCAAUUGCCAGGAAAAGGUGAUACGAUUGUAGUCAAAGAUGAUUUAGGUAAUAUAACAACUUCUCGAAAACGAAUUUUGUUUUAUAAUUUAUGUGAAAAUUAUGAAUUGUUUAAAGAGGAAAAUAAAAAUAUUAAUUUAAAUCGUUCUACUUUUGCUGUAUUAAGACCGCCAUUUGUCGUUCCAAAGGCUUAUUUGGCUCAUCGAAUUUGUGUUUAUUUAUAUCAAAAAAUGUUCAUCUUCUUUUAA